AUGAUACGAAAAUUUGUGUCUAAUUUAGAAGACGAAAAUCAUCCGUUGCUAGCGCCCACUCUUUGGGGUCUCAAAACUUGGGGUCUCUGGCAACCUAUAAAAGGCUUAAAUUCAACUUUUCACAAUUUGAUUCACAUUGCAGCAGUACUCUUUGUUAUAAGCCAAUACAUCGAAUUGUGGAAUAUUAGAUCAGAUCUUGCAUUGGCUUUGCAAAAUCUUUCAGUUACAAUGCUAAGUACUGUUUGCGUCGUCAAAGCGGGUACUUUUGUGUUUUGGCAAAGAUCAUGGACGCAAAUCAUCAACUAUGUAUCCUCUUUAGAAAUAUCUCAAUUAUCUACGAGUGAUAGUAUAACUGGAGGAGUGAUUGGCAAAUAUACUAAAUAUUCGCGAAGGGUUACUUAUUUCUAUUGGCAUUUAGUUGCUGGUACAGUUUUGACUUUAAUAUUAGCACCUUUAGCUGCUUUAGCAAUGUCUUCGGAAGUCAGAGGGAGAGCCUCUAAUGAUUCAGCAUCUUAUCCAGAAAUAAUGAGUUCAUGGGCACCAUUCGACAGGUCCAGAGGUUUUGGGUAUUGGAUUAUUUAUGUGGAACAAGCCUCGAUUUGCUUCUACGGUGGCGGCAUUGUAGCCAUGUAUGACUCUAAUGCUGUCGUUCUGAUGAAUUUCUUCGCCGGUCAGAUGGAAUUGCUGAGUAUAAAUUGUUCAAGAUUAUUCGAGAACGACGAAGAGUUGAGCAACGUUGACGCGAUGCUCAGGAUUGAGAAUUGUUACAAACAUCAUAUGUCACUUAUCAAACAUUGCAAGAUUUUGAAUAGUGUUCUAUCGCCAGUAAUGUUUCUUUAUGUCGUCAUUUGCUCACUAAUGAUUUGUGCGAGUGCUAUACAAUUAACAACGGAUAGUACUACAAGCAUGGAAAAGAUCAGGAUUUCAGAAUAUUUGGUAGCCUUAAUCGCCCAACUGUUCCUUUAUUGUUGGCACAGUAAUGAAGUUUUAACAAUGAGUAGCAAAGUGGACGAUGGCGUGUACAAAAGUGACUGGUGGACCCGCGAUGUCAAAAUUCGUCGAAAUGUCCUACUGCUUGGUGGUCAGCUUCGAAAGACCAUUUUCUUCACUGCUGGACCAUUUGCUGAUCUCAAUUUACCCACUUUUAUUGCUAUAUUGAGAGGAUCGUACAGUUAUUACACGCUUCUCAGCAAGAAAGAAGAUUAA